AUGAACGGCACCACCAGCAGUAACAUCGCCCAACAGCCGCAGGCAGCAGCGCGUACGCCCAAACUAACCCCCCCUCCUCCCACAGUCUCCCCUCCGGCUCCUCCAAACCACACCCCGUUAACCAAUACCAACAAGUCAGCCGUCCCAUCCACCACCGUCAAUGGAAGCCAUCCUAACACCCAGAAACCCAAGAAGAAAAGUGAUGCGCCCCUGGAUCCUGCUGUCAUGUACGAAAGUCUCAAGAACAGGAUCGCUGCAUUGGAGGAAGAGGAAGUCCUGGAGGAGGAAGAAGAGCGCGGGUUCGCCGAGGAAGCCUUGAAGUCCGUCAAAGGUUUGGGAGAGAACGCCAUCCAUGCCAAGUACAUCGAACUAUUUGCGGAACUCAAAAGGUUGGAACGAGACCACGCUAGAGAGAAGCAGAAGCUUGUCAAGGAUAAAGACGCAGCCAAAGGUCAGCUAACCAAGGCGAACCAGACCAAGGCCAAGAUGGAGAACCUCGCCCGCGAGUUACAAAAGGAUAACAAAAGGCUCCGGGAGGACAGCAAACGCCUGGCACAAUGCGUAGAAGAAGCACAAGAAGAGAUACUCCAAAUGAAAAAUGACAUGGCUAAACGGAUGGACAGGGCAAGGAUGCAAGACAUCAAAUACCGCGAAAUGCCGGACAUUGUCGUCAAAGUCGUUUGUCGGUAUCGUGCUGAACUCUUCUUCAAGAUCUCGCGCAAGACAAAGUUCUCUCGACUGUUCAAUGCUUGGACGGACAGGAUGGCAGGUACGGUGGGGAAAAAAGCAGAUGGGAAAUUGCUUGCAGGCCCGCAUGGUACCUUCAAUGGCUCCGCGAAGAACGAUGCUGCGAGCACCCAUACAAUAAAUUCAUCGAGCUCCACGUCUAUGCAGUUCAUCUUCUCUCAUAAUGGUCGCACACUCUACCCUGAUCAAACUCCAGAGGAACAGGGGGUGGAGGAUAAUGACGAAAUCCUAGCUGUCGAGUUAAUGGACCUUACGGAGGGUCCAGGCCUCGACGAGUGGGUAAGUAAUUCAGGUAUGUGGCGUGGAGCUAGACGCUCCCUAGAGGAGAUAUUCGACGGGGUUGUACGGGAACGUCUGAAAGAAGUUCUUAGACAAUACGAGCUUCGCGAACGACAUUUCGAGUGUGUCAUCCGUUCCAAGGAGUUGGAGAAGCAGCUUGCGGAUGGAGAGAGAGCCCGAACGAACAAGGUGGAUGAAGAGAAUCGGCGACUUCGAAAAGAGCUGGAAGAAGCACAAAAUGGGCAGGAGAUGCUUAUCAACAAGCUCAUCAGCUGCUGUAAAGAGCCCAGCGCUGAACGCACACAACGGCUAUUUUCGUCGCUGCGAGAAGAACUCGAGAAGCGGACUGCAAGAGGGAAUGAAACUAGCGUAGGCUGA